GCUAGAGCUCAAAUCUAUACAGCCAGUUUAUUAUUUAAAAAAAAAAAAUUAAGAUUGACUUUGACAUCCAUCUCUACUCAAAAAAGGUUGAGUUGAGCAUCCAUUUCGAAAGUUUGUCGGAUACUGCAAUGACUAUGAUCGUGAUAUGAGAAAAUGUUUAAAGGCAGAACGAAUCCAACGACAAAGUGCUAACAAUGCAGAAGCAAUAAGAAAACACGCAGAAAUUCGCGCAAGGAUAUAUGCAAAUCAACAAAGCUAGUUUUUUUUUCUCUAUUAGCUACAUAAAUCAUUUUCUACAAUGGAGUAUAACAUCUUAGACUCAAUAGACCUCAAUGACCCAGCCAUCUAUAAAUCAUUCACAGAGAGAUACUUCAGUAAAAGAUACUUAUUGAAUGUGAACGGUAUUAAAAACAAUGACAUUAUGUUAAUGUUUCACUCAAACAGGAUAACUUUAAUCUGUCUCGCCCCAAGCCACUUCUUUUUUAAGAAAAAUGACAAUUAUACUUUGAAUUUUAAUAUAGGCAAAGUUGAUCGGCUAAGUAACCAAGUGAAGGGUAAAGGGAAAAAGGGUGGGCAGGCACUUUUUCCUGAUUCAGCCAUUUGCAAAGUUGAAUGGGGUGAUAAAACUGCCUUCACAAUUCCUUGUGGUAUGAGAGGCACUCUAGUAGAAAUAAAUGAAAAGUUAGUUAAGUAUCCACAGCUUUUGAAAGAAUCGCCUGACUCGGAUGGGUUCAUUGCUAUCAUGUUAUCCAGUAUUGCAAUUACCGAUGCUACAAAGAAAGAAUUAAUAACACACGAAGAGUAUUUGAAAAUUGUUAAUGUGUGAUAUUAUGUUUGUUAGAUUAGAAUAGAAAAAAUAAAUGACUUUUUAUU